AUGAGGAAAAGUCUGAUUCAGAACAUGACGAAAAAUAUGAAAGACGACGAGUAUCUUUAUCAAACAGAACAAGGUCACUCACGCUUGUAUCACGGGCUGGAGGAACCACUGCCUAUACCGAUCUUUACAACACACUAUUUUCAAGGCAAUAACGACCAAUAUAAUCCGAGACACGACUACACACCUAACCCAGUUUAUCUGAUUUCCAGUCCUAAUUACAGAAAACAUAAUCUACAUCCACAAUGUACUCGUCAUAGACCACAAUGUGAAUCAUGUUGCGAUAAUCUUCACUGUACAAGAGGACAAAAUGAAUGUUGUCAAAGAUCUACCGGAUUUCAAGCAUUUACAAACCCAAUUGUUCCUAGCACGUUAUGUCCACCAACUACAAAAUGUCCCUUAACAUGUCCCAGUAUGUGUCCACCUCUUUUGACAACAGAUUGCAGUUGUUCGAGAGAUGUAAGCCAGUGUUGUAAACACAUGCCAAAUAUGCUCCGCAGUGGCAACCGUCAUCCACCGGUAGAAUUUUCUACAUUAAUUCAAGAUCCUGAACAAUAUUACGACUCUAACGUAAAUGAACAACACAAAAUAAGCCAUGAAAAAAUAACAACUGGUAGAUUAAAUGAACAUAUAAAUACUGACAUGAAACGUUUUAAAUAUAAUGAACAAGAUCGUGACUAUUUUUACCGUUCCAUUGAUCCCAGUUUCAGACAAAAACGUCAAGGGGAAAGUGAUGCCGAUAGGCCUUUUUGGAAGUUUAGUGUCAUGAACUAUGAAAACCCAUUCGAAUUAAAAUCAUUGAAGUAUACAACACUACAUAAAAGAAAAACAAGGACAAAUGUGCAACCAAUUAUUAGGCCUCUUGUCACGGAAGCAAUAACCAUAAAAACAGAUUAUUCUGAUGAUGACAAUGGUAAGGAAAUUAGUGAGGAAGAGAAAAUAACGGAAAAAUAUUUGUCGUUUGACGAGUUAAUGUAUCUACGAAAAUUAAGCGAUAAUUACAUGGAUUUCGAUCCUAGAAGAAAAAAUAAAUCCAAACCAAAGUCAGAUAAUAAAGAUAAAGCAAAAGAUAAAUCAAAAGGUAAAGCAACGACGAAAGCUAAACCAAAGGCAGACAAAAAAACUACAACAAAAGCAACGACGAAAGCUAAACUAAAAGCAACAGUUACAACAAAAGCUACAACAAAAGCUACAACAAAAGCUACAACAAAAGCUACAACAAAAGCUACAACGAAAGCUACAACGAAAGCUACUACAAAAGCUACAACAAAAGAGCCAUCUAAACAAAGUGACGCAACGACUAGCUCAGUAUAUACAGCUAACACUCCAUUUCAACGUAAAAAACAAUGUACUCGUAAAUUGACAUGUACAUGGACUGUAUUUACAGGCGUAGCCGCAGAUGGUAAACCAAUCGUAAUAAUCGAUGUUGGAUCUAGAACACCCCCUGGAUAUGUAGAGGGUUGUACUAGAACCUCUACAUGUACUCGUGAUUUUUUGGACAGGAACAAAGGGCCUCCCGUCACGUCAAGUGAUAGUAAAGAAAAUGGCGCUGAAGGGGCAGCUAAGAAUGAAGAUGAAGACUAUUGCGAGAAACGUAGUCUUAAGAUACAUUUACAAACUUUACGAUACUAA